GCAUCAUGGGAGGUUAACCAGCCCUUGAGUGUGUUCAGAAACCAGUACAGCCCAGAAAACCAGCGGCAGCCCCGCACGGAGACAGCCAACGAGGGGGCAAGGGAGCUCUUUGAAAAAAAAUGGAGGAGCGGACAAGAAGCGAAAGCCCCUUGCUUCCCCUUCCGCCAACCACCUUACUUUUUUUCCUGAACUGCUGUUGGCACCUCCUCAGGAGGCGGGGCGGAGAGGCUGCGUUUCGAAAUUUGUUCUUGUUCCUUUGCGCUCGCCGUAGUACCUCCCAAGAUGGCUGCUGCCGGUGACGUGCCGGUGCGAGUUUGCAACCAGGAGAUUGUAAAAUUCGACUUAGAGAUUAAAGCAGCGGUGCAGGACAUCCGGGAUUGUAUGGGGCCUGUAAGUACACUUACAGAAUUGAAUGCUAAAGUAAAGGAAAAAUUUCAGCAUUUACGACUUAGAAUACAGGAGCUUGAGCAGAUGGCUAAGGAACAAGAUAAAGAAUCAGAAAAGCAAGCGUUGCUCCAAGAAGUAGAGAACCAUAAGAAGCAAAGGCUCAGCAAUCAGACAGCCUGGAGGAAGGCAAAUUUAGCUUGCAAAAUUGCUAUUGACAAUGCGGAGAAAGAUGAACUGCUUCGUGGUGGAGACCCGUUACGACAAAGAAAAACGACUAAGGAAAGCUUGGCAGAGGGAGCUAGUGACAUCACAGAGAGCCUGAUGGGUAUUAGCAGGAUGAUGUCUCAGCAGGUCCGGCAGAGUGAGGAGACUAUGCAGACUCUAGUUAGUUCCUCACGAACCAUUCUGGAUGCCAGUGAGGAAUUCAAAUCCAUGUCUGGGACCAUACAGCUGGGACGAAAGCUCAUUACCAAGUACAACCGCAGGGAGCUGACUGAUAAACUGCUCAUCUUUCUUGCCCUUGCCUUGUUUUUGGCCACCGUGCUUUACAUCCUGAAGAAGAGACUGUUUCCCUUUUUGUAAAAAAAAUUCAAGGAGAGGAAGCAUGACUGUGAAGAAGAAGGACCAGAGGAUUUAUUACAAAGACCUGACACUGUUCUAACAAACAGAACGUUCACCAGGGUUCAUAAAAGGAACAUAUUAGCAGUUUGUGAAGAUUUAAGCUUCUUUAGGUGAGCCAAACUAACUGCAGGUUAGGACAAGGAACAAUAAGAAUGGGAUGGACUGAGGAAAAAAGUGUGUAAUCUGUUGCUCUGAGAGUGGCAGCUGUUCAUUUUGAACUGGAUGGUGGGAGGCAUAUUCAGCCUAUCUUCUGUCUUUGGCCUGAAGCAUGUAUUCUACUUCCUUCUUCAGAGAUCAAUUCCUGAGAGGAGUGGGAAGGUAUUACAGAAAAUACUUUUAGAUACAUUCCUUUAAUAAAGUGCAUUUGAAUAGA